AUGAAACAGGUAGCAGGACAGACUGUUAUCUCUGUUGGUCCUCUAGGUAGCAGGACAGACUGUGAUGUUAUCUCUGUUGGUCCUCUAGGUAGCAGGACCGACUGUGAUGUUAUCUCUGUUGGUCCACUAGGUAGCAGGACAGACUAUGAGCCAGUCUGUGGUCGUCCUCAUGGUGUGCGGUUGGACAGUGGUGGUCAGCUGAUCGUAGCGGACUCCUACUUUGGGCUGUUUUCUGUUGACCAGACUGGACACAAGACCCUGCUACUGGACAGCAAGACAGGAGCUGACGGGGUUCCGUUUGCGUUCCUGAACGGGUUGGAGAUCUCCUCUCAGACUGGGAUCAUUUACUUUACGGACUCCUCCUCUCGCUGGGGACGACGACACGUCAAACUAGAGGUGAUAGAGACCAACGCUCUGGGUCGUCUCCUGACCUUUGACCCCGUGUCAGGGCGUGUGGGUGUCCUACUGGAUGGUCUCUACAUGCCCAAUGGCAUCGCCCUGUCACCUGACGAGAGCUUCCUGCUGCUGGCCGAGACCAGCAUCGGGUGUAUCCUCAGGUACUGGCUGAAAGGCCCCAAGGCUGGCACCAAGGAGGUCAUCAUGAACAAUAUGCCCGGUUACCCUGACAACAUCCGCCUUAGCGACCGUGGAACCUUCCUGGUUGGUCUAACGACCACACGCUUCAGGAAGCUCAUGCCUCCAUUCCUGGACCUGAUUGGUCCGUACCCAGCGGUCAAACGCUUUCUGGCUAAGGUGGUUCCUCUGAGCUGGUACAACAUGCUGUUGCCUAGAUACGGCCUGGUGUUGGAGUUGGACGGGGAAGGGGAGGUGCUGGGGAGUCUCCAUGACCCUACAGGCAGCCUGACCUGGGCCGUCAGCGACGUGUUCUCCCACCAGGGACUCUACCUGGGUAGCACCGACCUGCCCUUCCUUCCUGUCCUGGAGGACUGGAUCUAACCACUAACUUCUGCU